UAGAAACUAACCUCAAAAUCGAAAUGACACAAAUCCAAAAUUGAUCCAUUUUUAAGGUCCGAAAGGACCUAACCUAAACCCCAUCCUACCCGCAAAUUGACAGGUCUAAAUAGGGAUGCAGGUCGAGUCAGGUAACGAUUGGCAAAGGGGUUGGGUUCAUCCACGGGAGUUUUGAAGACCAAAGGACAAAACAGAACAAACAAAAUUCAUCCUCAAAUACAGGCACAGAAGGCGGCAUGCCACGUUCUCUUUUCUCUACAACAAUUAGAAUAACAAAGCGAUUGCUCUUUUAUAUUUUUUGGAGGCAGAGAGCAUGGGUACGUCCCUUCCUUCCAAAGACUGACUCCUCCCUUCCUUAUUACCAUCUGCAAAGAAAAAGGAAAAAGAAAAAAAUUGCCUUUCACUUGAGCAUUCUUUUCAACACGUAACCAUCUGCCAGAUCUCAAUACAUCAGUCAAUACGAAACAAAGACAGAUGGGGUCCGGUGGGAGCAAGGGUUCUUGCAGAGGAUCUGCAUCUUCUUCCAGCGGUGGCCGGCGGGGAAGAUCCAAGGUGAAGAAUAGAGUUUUCAAGUCCUCUUGUCUGGGAGCGCCAUCUGGAUCUGCUGACCCCGACUUUGACGCCCAGGUUGUUGAUCACCGGAAUAAAGACUACCCCUCUAAUGUUACCAACCGGAACCCGAGAGAACUGGAAUCGGAAUCCAAUCAGGUGAAAAGAGAAUGUUACAGAAAGGUUAAAGGUGAAGCGGCAUCUGAUUAUGAAAUGCCAAUGUCAUGCAUAUCUUCCAGUGAUGUAGAUAUAGAUGUCUCGAGAAGUGGUAGCAGCUCCGGUGGAGCCGCCUCAGCAGCGCAUCACUCUUCUUCUCGAUGCCUCUCCGGCUUUAGCUUCCUUCCGGGUAACUUGAGCUUCAGAUUAAGCCGGGCUAAUAGUUUGGGGUCGUCUAGGGCAUAUCCUGUUUCUCCUACAAGUCUUGCAAUGUUGAACCAUGAUGACAAUUCUGAGACACUUGAAACUCAACAACUUCCCCACAAUCCUUCUUCUGCUCACGAUGCAAACUUACAUUCUCCCAUAAUCUUCAAUGAUAGGGAUAGGGAUAGACGUGUUGGAGUUGGAAGUCGAGAGCCUGGUGAAAGGAAUGCUCGUUUUAGCAGAACCUUAAGUGUUGGAAGGCUUCGUGACCGUGUUCUUCGUAGAGCUUCCUUAUCCGACUUCACAUUCUGCCCUUUACAACAAGACAGACAACUCACUACCCAAACCCACACAUUUGGAGGAGACAGAGACACACGGCAAUCAGCUACCUUUCCAACCACCACCACCACCACCACCACCACUCCCGCACAUGAAAUUGAAACUUCACGAUCUAGAGAAGCCAGGUAUCAUGAUUUACUGGAGCAUAGAUCCAAUUUCCUUGAAAGGAGGAGAAGGAUACGAUCUCAGGUUCGAGCUCUUCAACGGCUGGGAAGUCGUUUCGAGAACUUUUCUGGACAUGAGAGGUCUUGCAUUUUAUCUGGUCAACAUAGAACUGGUCGAUGCGCCUGUCGUGUCAAUAAUCGAGAUUCCAAUUCAAAUGAUGACACCAGUGCUAGGGCUAGCAUAUCCAGAAUUGUUAUGUUAGCUGAAGCUUUGUUUGAGGUUCUGGAUGAAAUUCACCAUCAAUCUGUGGUUUUAUCUUCUCGAACUUCUGUGUCUUCAAUUGGAUCUGUUCCUGCACCGAGUGAAGUUGUGGAAUCGCUUCCUGUCAAAGUAUACAACAAAUCUCACAAACUUCAGAAUGAUGAGGCUGUGCACAUUAGAUAUCAUCCGCUUCAACUAAUACGGUGCUUUAGAUUAAGAUGUUACAUAUGCCUUGUGGAGUAUGAGGAGGGGGAUAGCAUGCGGAUAUUGCCUUGUAAUCAUGAAUUUCACAGAACUUGUAUAGACAAGUGGCUCAAGGAGAUUCACAGGGUAUGCCCUCUUUGUCGUGGGGAUAUUUGCGGACCUCAUUCAUUGCCUGCGGAAAACUAGAGGUUCCAAUUUUUCUCCAUAUGCUUCCUGAAGAGCAUUUGUAACUGUUGGAGAUUGUAAGUUUUUAACCAAGCAAAAGAUUAUUGGUGACAAAAAGGAAAAAGAAAAAGAGAGAACAUGAUGACUGAUAAAGUGAUAAUCUUGAGCAUGAAUCAUGAUGCUUUAUAGGAAGUUCAGUCGUUUUUUCUUUUUUGCCUGCAAGUUCUUUGUCAUCUGUGGCUGAUCACUUUCGGCUGCAUAAUAAAGAUCAUUUGGGUUGGGGGAAAUGGGCUGAACUUGCAAUUUGUAGUGCCCUUGGGUGGAGUUGAUUGGCCACGAUAGCUGGAAAAGAAAGGACGAAGUGGAGGAAGGGUUUGUAUUGGCUGGGGAAGGAGGAGAAGAAAUUCAUUGUUCAUUGUGUUCUUUUUUACCGAGAAAUAUUAUUACUAAAAUGCUUCUAAAAUAAAAAAGUUCCUUCAGCAUAUUAUAUCAUCCCCUCCCUACCUAUACUUAACUCGUUUGAAAGAUGACCAGCACAGUGACUUAUUAACUUUUUAUGCUUUCUAGAAACGAAAAAAAAAAAGGGGCAAAUCGUUUCAUUUUUGUUUG